UUUUAUUCUAUUCUACUCCAUUCCAUUCAUUCAACCUCUCAUGUACCGGCCCCGUCCCCCCUCUUUUCCAAUGCGACCGUGACCGCGGUAAUUCGUUUUCAAAUUUGAAUCUCUUCCAUUCUACAUUCUGCGCAGGCCAUUGCCCAAUCGCCCAGAUCAUACCUGGGUUCUCAUACCUGCCUCUCUAGCGUCAUCUCGCUACAUGAAUGUCGAAGUGAAAACAAUCUAACAUCAAAUCUAAUUAGCGAAAGAAUAAUCAUAAGAAAUGACGGUGUUAACAGAAGAACAACGCAAGCGAGCUGAGGCCAACCGAUUGGCAGCUCUCGCGAAGCGACAGGCAGCGGAAAGCAAGAGUAAGGGGUUCUUGCCUGCUGCUCCGAAGGUGGUUCCAUGGCAGAUGCCCAAAGGCCAAGAAGAACGACAGGCAACUGAAAGCAAUAAUAAGGAGCUCUUACCUGCUGCUCCCAAGGCGGUCCCAUGGCAGAUGCCCAAAGGCCAAGAAGAACGACAUGCAGCUGAAAGCGAGAAUAAGGGCCUCUUACCUGCUGCUCCCAAGGUGGUCCCAUGGCAGAUGCCCAAAGGCCAAGAAGAACCAGUGGCUAAUAAUAAUAAUAGGCCCUGGAGUCUGUUCCCGUGCAAAAAGAUUAUCAAGAAAGAUAUCUGUGACCAAAUGAUUGUCGUCAUGGAGAUAUGCUCAGCCACAGAGUUUUCUGUCUCUGCGAAGGGAGCUGCCGCCUGUGCAAGGGAACGCCUCCGCACUUGCCUCUCAUCGAUACAUUGCAUUCACUCUGCUGAAUCUGAAGAUGGUGGAAGCAAAUCUAUAUAUUCAUUGAAGGACUAUGAGAUUGUGGAGAAAGCUCUUAGAAGAUUAACGUCCAUCCAAUUACAACAGAUUCCUUGGACCACUCUUGCUGUGAUUCGUCAAUUUUCCAAUUCAUCUUUAAACAAUGAAUGGCACCCGGCCUUAUCAAUUCAUUUAUCUGAUGAUGAGGUCAAGAAGCUUCUCGCAUCCUUACCGAAAAAAUUGAAGAAAGAACUUUUGCCAUUUCAAAUGGAUGGGGUGAGGUUUGGGUUACGGAGAGGUGGGAGGUGCCUUAUAGCAGAUGAAAUGGGUGUUGGCAAAACUUUACAGGCAAUUGCUAUAGCAUCCUGUUACAUGCAUGAAGGUCCAGUACUUGUUGUGUGCCCAGCAAGUAUGCGUUGUACAUGGGCUGAGGAAUUGGAGCGGUGGCUUCCUUCUUGCUGUCCUGCUGAUGUUCAUCUUGUGUUCGGCCAUCGAGAUAAUAUUACUGAUGCUGUCGAGGGUCCUAAAAUUGUUGUUAUAUCAUAUACAAUGCUAAGUCGUUUGCAGAAGAGUAUGGUUAAUGUCAAAUGGGGAUUGGUGAUUAUUGAUGAAUCACACAAUUUGCGUUGUACGAAAAAAAUGAUAGAACGUGAAGAGACGAAAGCAGUCCUUGAUGUGGCAGGACAAAUCAAGCGUGUUGUCCUUCUGUCUGGAACACCUUCAUUGUCAAGGCCAUAUGAUAUUUUUCACCAAAUAGAUAUGUUGUGGCCUGGUUUGCUAGGGAAAAACAAAUAUGACUUUGCACGAAAUUACUGUUCCAUGCAAAAUGAAGUGUCUAACCAGAGGAGCUACAAGGAUUUUUCGAAAGGAAUUCGGUUGCAAGAGCUUAAUGUGUUACUGAGGGAAACUGUCAUGAUUAGACGGCUGAAACAAAAUGUGUUAGCACAACUACCUCCAAAGCGCAGGCAGGUCAUAAGGUUAAGGUUGAAUUUGUCAGAUAUCUGUCUUGCAAAAGAUUCAAAUGCUGAAGAAAACAUGGCUUCAGAAUUUUUUUGCAAAUGUGGCUUUACUACUAAUGGGGAUUGUGAGUGUGAAGUCUAUGACAACGAAGAUGGUGGUGUUAAAAUUGUCAAUUCAAAAGGGGUGCAAGAUGGAGGAACAAGGAAAUCAGGUAGACGCCUUUCUUUUCAAGAGAUUGGCUUGGCAAAGCUUCAAAGCUUUGAAGAUUGGCUGUUGUAUCAUCCCAUCUUUGCUGACGUUGAAGAUAUAGAUGCUGUGGAUAAUGUUUCAAGUCCUCAAAAGAUGGUAGUCUUUGGUCAUCAUCUGAGAGUCCUUGAUGGUAUACAGAAAUCUGUGUGUCAGAAAGGACUUGAAUUUGUCCGUAUUGAUGGGAGCACAAAUUCUAAAGAACGUCAGGAAGCAGUUCAGGCAUUUCGAUUAAGGCCAGAGGUUAAGAUCGCAAUUAUUGGUAUAACAGCUGGCGGUGUCGGUCUUGACUUCUCAACAGCUCAAAGUAUUGCAUUUGUUGAACUGCCUAAAUCUGCUUCGGAAAUGAUUCAGGCAGAGGAUCGAGCUCAUAGACGAGGGCAAAAGAAUGCAGUGAAUAUAUAUAUCUUCUGUGCUAAGGAUACUCUGGAUGAACUACAUUGGCGCUGUUUGAACAAGAGCUUGGAACGUACUACAACAAUGAUGAAUGGUAUAGAUGAUUGUGUACCUGAGAUUGAGGUUGAUGCUGUUCAUGAUGUAGAUACAGCAGAUAAGCCUGUGGGUGCUGCAAACAUGUUCACUAAAUGUAAUACCUUGCAUGGGCAUUUGAAAGGAAGUGAACAGGAUUUCAGAAAGGAAAAGGAUAUCAUUUCUAGUGAAAGCAAGGAUGAAGGAGCUUCAGGGUUUUCCUUUGGAAGUUUACCACAUACAGAAUCUAAUUCAAUGGAAAAUAACAACAGCAAAAUUCAAAAUGGAGAAGGAGACAGUCAACAUGCAUCAGAUUCAAAAAAAGUUGACUCAGAGUUGGCAGUAGGUGAUGAAUGUGAUGAUGUUUUCGACAUCCCUCCAGAGGCGCUACUUUUUGAAGUAAGUGCAAAUACAGGUCGCAUACAUCUCUAUGUGUGUAUUACCAAUCAGGAUUCAAGACCAAGAAAACUUGAGCUAAAUUUUCGGCCUGAAGAUUUUGAGUCUUCUAUCACAGUAGACGCGUUGGGUAAGAGUUCACUUCCAAAGUGUUUAAGUACGGACUCAGCUCACAGAGAAAUUGUGCUUACCUUCAUCAAGGAGUGGAAUGAUCUCAGACCGAUUGAGCGCAAUAAACUUUUUGGAAGGCCGUUGCGGUUGCCUUUAAGCCUUGAAUUAAGCUGCAUAAAAUAUGAGCCUAAUCAUGGACAUGGGGGUUUGCUGAAAGGAGGGAGUAAGCGCCGCGUUGCAUCAAGAGAUGAAAUAAGUUAUCCUUUACCAGAAAAUGCAACCUGGCGAAAGAUUUCACUAGCAAAACAUGGUAAAAUCAAAGAGAGGCAUGAAAUGCAGGCGUGGACUGCAGAUGAGCAGCCUCUCUGCAAACUGUGUCAGAAACCAUGCUUAGGAAUGCAGGCAAAGUGUCCUCAAUUUUUCGAGGAUUUAUUUUGCAAAAUCAGCUGUUUUGAAGAGUACCGUAUGAGGACAAGCCAACAGUUUUUGCGGGAGGAACUUUUCAACAUAGAGCAUGGAAUAUGUACCAGUUGCAAACUAGAUUGCCAUAAAUUAGUUAAGCGCAUUCAGCCAUUGUCAGUUGAUCAACGAAGAGAGCACAUACUCAAGGCUGCCCCAGAUUUUGUAAAGCAUGAACGAUUGCUGAACAAGCUUGUUUUAGAGCCAAUUGAGGGCAAUUCAUGGCAUGCAGAUCAUAUUGUGCCAGUAUAUAAAGGAGGCGGCGAAUGUAAAUUGGAAAACAUGAGAACACUUUGUGUUAUCUGCCAUUCGAAGGUUACUGCAGAGCAACAAAAAGAUCGUCGCUUGACACGAGAAAGAGCAAAAGAAGGACUACAGAUUACAAUUGAACAGCUUAUAGAGAGAGUUUGCCAAAAGCGUAUGAAGUCAUAUUCUGAUGUUCACCAGCAUGAAAAGGUAGAUAAUUCUAGUGAGUCUGAGAAUGAAAAAGAACUGUUAGUUGAUGUUUCUGGAAGUGCAUAUUCAGCGAAGCCCAUCGGCAUACAAUCAGGCUUCAAUGAAUCAAAUAAGAUUGAUGAUUCUGAAGUAGAGAUGGGAAAAAAGUGCUCAGAAUGAGCUUCUUAAGAGAAGCCAUCUUUGCCAGAUGAACCAAUUCAGAGGUGAAGUUCUUGUCGAGCAAAGUGGGUACAGUGGGAUUUACUUGAACAUCAGUUCAACAUUAGCAUCUCUAUUUCCAGUGUAGUUUAACGACGAUAUUCUUGAAGGGGUUCUUGAUAAAGCUUAAAGGUCAAUCAGUUCUCUAUUUAUUUUUAACCGUACAAAGACCUCAGACAAAAAUAUUGAUCUGGAAAUAGAAACUCAUUUGAGAGGGAGCAAACAACAGAAUUUGCAUAGAAUCAUUUUAUUGCUGGGUGGAUCGAGAUUGAGUUGUGUAAAGACAGGUUGGAUAAUUUUUUCUGGCCUUUAUAUGGGAUUUCUUGUACCAGGCAUUCUUCUGUAAACAACUCAAGGCAUUGCUGAAAUAAACGGUCUGGAAUGUGCACCAUUUGUGCACACAGAAAUUAUCCGAGUUCCAGUGUAAUAUUAUGUAAACAUGGUGUUCAAUUUUAUUGCAGGCUGAUUAACGAGCUAGGUUUCAACUUUUCCAUAAUAAUAUGUAUUAUAUGUAUUGCUGUGAUAAACGCUCUUGGAUGUGCACUAUUUUGCACACAAAGUAUCUCUGAAUUCCACAAAUUAAGCAAAUUAUAAAUAUUUUUUUA